AUGCAUGCUCAUCUUUACUCUCAAGUGCACAGGGCUGAAAGGAUAAAGUUGGAGGGAGGAUUAUUUGACAUCACUCCCUUGUUUGUGUGUGUGUUUAAUGUCUCCACUGAAGCUAAGAAGGGAGUGUUGGAAAAAGCAGAGCACCAAAUUCUGGUUGAUGACAAACUUGUGAAUAUUUUCCUGGAACGCACUGAAAAUUCAGUAGAGAAGAAUGGAAUGUCUCAAGUGCAAACACAAUCACAAGGGGCAAGGUCUGGUGAGAAGCAUCCAAAUGAAGAACAUAUUCCUCAUUCUGUGGAUUCCUGUGUCCAAAAGAUCUUCCUUAAUGUCACAGCUGACCUGAACUGUAACCUGUUCUCUAAAGAGCAGAGGGAACACAUAACCACUCUUUGCCCCAAUGUCAAAAGAAUGGAGGGCUCCGAUGGAAUUGAGAAGGUGUGUGGUGACUUCAGAGAUAUUGAAAAAAUACAUGGCUUCUUGAGUGAGCAACUCCUAAAAAGUGAGCAGAAACAGGAAUCAGCCCCUUUGACAACAGAGAGGGAGCCACUCCAUCAGCAGGACCAGAACAGCUGUGUUUCUCCCUCUGAACCAAGAACAAAGUCAGAAGGAAAAGGCAGUUGUUACACAGUUCCCUUGCCUUUAUUUGAAUACUUCAAAAAUAUCUACCCUGAAAAAAUAAACUCGAUAGAGAAAAGAUUUGGUGUAAAAAUAAAAAGCCAGGAGAGUUCUCCGAAUAUGGUCUCCUUUUACUUCACCUCAAGUCAAUCAGGUGACCUCAGAGCAGCCGAAGAAACUUUUUUCAGUGAAUUUCAGAGAAGCAUAGGAAAUAUGAAGCUGGAAUGUGUGGCAUUAGCAGACAAGAAGCAGGCAAAUAAAGUCAAUCAGGGAUUUUAUCAUCACCUUAAAAAGCUUUUUAUAAAGGAGGACGAAGGAGAAUUACCUCUCCCUGUGACCCAAGAUGACAUUUCAGCUGACGGACAUUUUCUUGUCCCCCAAAUCUCUGAAAGUCUUGUCAAGGUACCUGUGAAAAUAUUGCUUCCUGCGUGCAUGACGAAUGGAAUUGAGGUUGACACGGCUCACUAUAAGUUUUUAGAAGCUGAAUUAGUCCAGGAGAUAUCAGAGAUAGAAAAAAAGUACAACACUCAAAGUAAGAUUUUGGGGAAAGGUCAUAGAACCUGCAUUCUAUUUGAACCUAAGGACAAGGAGUUAGAUCUGUCUGUGCAUGCUUAUGCAAGUUUCAUUGAUGCCUAUCAGCAUGUUUCUUGUCAGCUGAUGAGGGAAGUUGUUCCUUUGGCCAAGGAGAGAAAGGACUUAUAUGGGAUCAAGUUUGCUGAUAACUUUAAAAAAAGGCAUCCAGGUGUAGACUUUGUGCUAACUCAAGGAUCAAUUACUUUUAUUGGAUUGCCAAAUCACAUCGCAAAGGCAAAACAAUAUGUCUUAAAAACAGGGGGGAUGUCCCCAUUAGCUGGAGAGAAAUCCAGUGAGGAUCAUGAAACACCCAUGGACGUUGAUAGUAAUGAUUCAGAAACAUUUUUACCAACAUCCCAGCACUCUGCCAGUUCUGGGGCAUCAGGAAUGAACAAGGAAGAGGAUAUGUGUGUCAUCUGUAUGGAGCCCAUUAAUAACAAGUUAGUGCUACAAAAGUGCAAGCACAAAUUCUGCACCCCUUGUAUCACCGAAGCCAUGACAUAUAAGCCAGUCUGUCCUGUGUGCCAGACUGUUUAUGGUGUCCAGAAAGGGAACCAGCCAGAGGGAACGAUGUCUGUCAAUUAUGUAAGAGAUUCGCUUCCAGGUUAUGAAACCUAUGGCUCCAUCGUGAUUAAUUACAAUAUGAGAGGAGGCAUACAAACAGAAGAGCACCCAAACCCAGGAAAGCCAUAUUCUGGAACAAAGCGAACUGCAUUCUUGCCUAAUAACAAGGAAGGAAAUGAGGUUUUGACACUGCUUAAAAAGGCCUUUGCCCAAAAGCUAAUUUUCACAGUGGGGGAUUCUCGAGUUUCAGGAAUGUCAAACGUCACUACAUGGAAUGAUAUCCACCACAAAACCUCCAUGAUCGGGGGACCAGAAAUGUGAGAACAUUUUGAAAUACAAUGAUUGCCAAACAGAGUUUAGAGGUUGUAAGCUAUGGCAAUUUGAGGAUAUGGCUGUAAGGGACUAUUUAUAGAAGUGGGAUUGGGUACAGCAUUUUGAGAGAGGUUAAUCUCAAAGGCAGAAAGAUUGGUUCCCAUCACCUUCUAACUGUAUGAUACCACAAAGUAUCAUACAUCGAAAGGCAAGGGUCUUCAGAAUCCAAGAUCAAUGAUAUCUCAGAUGACUUGAUUUGAGGUUUCCUGUUUAUUUGAAGGGUAGAUCCUAAGAUUGUUAUUUACUUUGCCUUCUUUUAAGAUCAUCCUUACACCCCCUCCUCCCAUCGGUCCAUAGAGAUUCUUAAUUUACUUGGCUAAUAGUACCCUAGAAAUGCUCUUAUUUAAUGUUGUGAAAAUUGUAUUGUAGGCAACCCAAUUGUUCUUAGUGAAAUUCAGAUAGAAUAUCUCAGAUCCUUAAUAUUCAAAAGGGUCCUGAGAUUUUUGCAAAUUCUCCAAAUUUGAAAAUCCUCCAGUAG